AUAUAAUCGCAAUUUUUUCUACAUUGAUAAUGUUAAAUUUUGUACAAUGUUUUUAAAUUGUCAAAUUAAUUGUUUCGUUAACUUUAUUUGUUAUCUUCAUAGGAUUCCUUAUAUAAAUAAUAUUAUAAAUCUAUAAUUGUUAUAAAAUUUAGUGUUUUUGUCGCAAAAUCAGUUUAUUCUUGUAAUAUAUGGUUUUUUAUUGAAUAAUGUGCUUUAUUUGAGGUAAUUGUUUUGUAUUAUUAUCAUGAGAUUCCUACAAUGUUCGAUUGUAGAAAGGUACAGAUUUUGUGUUUUUACGGGUUACAGAUUCUUAACAAUUUCCACUCAGAAAUCAGUAACGGAUUCCACAUCCGGUUCUAAUGUAACUAACUUAAACGUAAAAGACCCUUUGAAGGUUAAAAAACCUAAAAAUGCUACAACAAAGGCUAAAAAACAGUCUGUACCUGAGGAGUUUUUUACACCUCCAGACUUAUCAGACGCUCAGGAGAAGUCUGUAGUCCUUAGGAAGCCAAUUCCCAAGAACUUUAUAAGGGAAACUUUACUCCCUCAUCUCGAACAUAAUGUUGCCUACAACUGUAUGAAGUUUCCACCUGAUGUUGUGCUUCAAAUAGGAAUUGCCUACUCUAAAUUACCGCAUUUCAUCAGACAAAGGAGUAUUGAGGAUGCUCUGGUUGAGGCUUUCAGGUUCAGAAUGACAGAUUAUUCCGCACCAGAUUGUAUUCAGCUCCUUAACACCUGUUUAACCCUUCAAGGACUCAGGUGUUUAGCUGUAUACGAUGAUAUAGUCACAAGACUUGAAGUUCCAUAUAUAUUUAAUAGUAUCAACUCACUUAACAGAUUAGGUAUUUGUAGUAGUGUUUCAAGGAUCCUAAAACACUCACAGAUGAUCACAGACUCUGACAUUACUACGAGUACUGAGUAUACAAAUGGUGAAAACAGUGAUAAUAAUCCUAAUUCAAACACUGAAACUAGCGGCAAUCCAGGUGAAAAACCUGAAAAUCUUAGUGAAAGAAACUUUGUUAAACUUAACAUGUAUAAUGAUAAUUAUAAUGACAAGUAUCAUGUGUCCCUAAUAAGGCCUUGGAGUUAUAUAGUAAAGGGGUACCGUGACAGGAAGAUUGCAAGUUUGGUUGAAAGGCUGUUGAAUUUUUGCGAGGAGAGAAUACUACCUCAGUUGGAGUAUGAUCUUAAGUCUUUUGACGCUGAUGAGCUUACUGAUUUGUUGGGUGUUCUGGCCCAGAGAAGCGAACGUGACGGAGCCACUUUGGACUUCCCAAUAAUUUCAAUUUUGAUGAGUAAUAUCAUUAGGCUAUAUCCAUCAACUUCACUUCUAAACAGUCUUAGUAACCUUUCAAGUCUUUGUAGGCUAAGAAUUAGGCAUGAUAAGUUUUUAUCUUUGGUUUUAGAGGAUCUCAGAAACCCCCUAAAGGUAACUAACAUUUACCACAAGCACCUUAGCAGGUGUGUAUGGUCCCUGGCUAGAUUUGACCUUCUGAAUGAUGUACUCUCAGACUUAAUGCCGCACAUUUCAAGAAAUGUACCAAAAUUUGAGCCUAGCUGUUUUGCAAGGCUUGCCCAGGUUUCCAGGUUCUACACCUUCAAAGACGAGAAGACCCAUAAAGAAUUUAAUAACCAGCUAAUGAAGAUUACUCUGUUUCUUCUCACUAAACUUGAUGCUUUCAGUCCUAAGGAGUUGACUUUCUUUAUUGCAGGACUCUUUUGCAUGCGACUUCUACCAGACGAAAAAACCUUUACAGCUAGAACCCCAUCAGAGAUAAAGCCAAAGUUCGAGAAGGACGAGAGGUAUUUGACCAAAGCUAACAAGAGUUCAAACAGUUUGAUAGUUCUUUCAAAGGUGUUGGAGGCUCUUAGGAGGUUAGAUUCAGAAUUUGACCUGCUUGAGAUUGAGAGGCUCAUCUCCACCACUCGCUCCUUUGAAGAGUAUGAGUAUCUCCUUCAGAAGUUCCCGGAAUCCUGGGCCAACAUUAUAAACCCACCAGAAGACAUGAAUUAAUGUUAUUUUACAAUU